AUGACCUCUUCUUCUGUUGGACCAGACUACGAAGUGCCCGUUGCCAAAAACGUUGAUUACUACUCGCCAUUACCAGAUGUUGCUUCAGGAACAUUCUUCAAAGAAAAGGAAGCUGACAAGCCUCCUAAGAUUUUUCUGCCUUUGAAAAUAAGGGGUUUGACCUUGCCCAACAGGAUCGGGGUUUCGCCAAUGUGCCAAUACUCAGCCGAUGAAAAGUUCCAAGCUACUCCUUUCCAUUUAAUUCACUAUGGACUGAUACUUCUCAGGGGUCCUGCGAUCACCAUCAUCGAAGCCAGUGCUGUUUCUCCCGAAGGUCCGUUAUCUCCCCACGAUUUAGGAAUUUUCAAUGACGCUCAAGCCGAAAAAUUGAAACCUAUUGUAGAUUUCGCUCAUGCCUACAAAAAAUUGAUUGCUAUCCAAUUGGCCCAUGGUGGUAGAAAGGCUAGUGGUCAGCCUUUGUUCAGCCAUCUUGAACAAGUUUCUGAUGCUAGCGUAGGUGGUUUCCCAGACAAGACCGUUGCUCCUUCUGCCAUUCCCUUCAGACCCUACGGUAACUUGCCCACUCCCAAUGAGAUUACCAAAGAAGACAUCAAGAGAGUCAUUAGAGAAUUCGGUGAAGCUGCAAAGAGAUCCAUUGAAAUCAGUGGAUUUGAUGCCAUCGACAUCCAUGCUGCACAUGGCUACUUGAUUCAUGAGUUCUACAGUGCUUUCUCAAACAAAAGAACUGACGAAUAUGGAGGAAGUUUUGAAAACAGAAUUAGAUUCCUUUUGGAAGUCAUCGACAGUGUAAGACUGAACAUUCCCGAGUCUGUCCCUGUGUUCUUGAGAAUAUCUGCUAGUGAUAACGUCGAUGAUCCAGACGCCUGGACUAUCGAGGACUCCAUCAAAUUAGCCAAAAUAGUAGCUGACAAGGGUAUUGAUUUGAUUGACGUUUCUUCCGGUGGAAACAUCUACAAGCAGCAAUCGAGAUCCAAGCUUCAAACCGCCGACAAGCCUAUCCACGAACCAUUUGCCAGAGCAAUCAAGGAAGCCGUCGGUGACAAGUUGCUUGUAUCCUGUGUUGCCAAUCUUGAACGCGACCCAAAGCAAACAGCAGAAUUAAUCGAAGAGGGAUCCUUUGAUUUGGCUUUGAUGGGUAAAGGAUUCAUGAAGAACCCAGGCUUAGUAUGGCAUUUUGCUGAUGUCUUGGGUGUUAAAACUCAUCAAAUCCAGCAAUACAACUGGGUCUUCAAUCCAAAGAGAGAAGGAAUCGCAGAAUUGAUUGCAAGAACUGAAAAGCUUCUGGCUCAAGAGUCUGCUCAAUAA